CAUCAGAGUUUGUGAGAACAACACUGACUGCCGUCUGAAGAACAAACGCCCUACACCGGGACGGAUCAUUCGCAAAGAUUCGUAUACGUCUAAAGUUGACCGUAGGUUCGACCGUAGCUCGUCCAAGUAUGAAAGUUGCUUUGCUGAUAGCUGUCAUGUUGGCAUCUGCACCUAUCGUCCUAACAUGGAGAAGGAGGGGAGGGGGUGUGAAGAAAGCUUUUGAGAAGAAAGAAGAGGCUCUCCAAGAUGCUGCGGCUAUGAUGAAGAAAGUGGUGCAUGACGAGGAGAGUAAAUCGGCCCUGGAGCUAAUGAGGGAGUUCCUGGAAGCGGAGGAAAACAACGAUAACACCUUCGAAAAGAAAGUGGCUACUCUCCAGGAGGCUGCAGCUGAUAUGGAGGAGAAGGUGAAUGAAGUGGAGGAAGAUGCCGCCUUGGGUCUACUGGAGGAGGAGCUGGAGGAGCUGGAAGAGGAACUAGAGGAACUAUAAAAAGUCAAGGGCGAUGACGAUGAGUAAAGAUGUUGAUGAUAACUCUUUAAUGAUACGUUCUGUUUUUAUAAUGGACCCCCUCACCAUUAGAUAGCGACCAUACCGACCAAAGUUGAUUUUUUGUGACACUUGAGUUAUUUCUUGGAAAACCGUGAACUGAUACGCCUUCAAACAUAAUAUAACACAAAACGUAAGAAAAAUCGCUCUCUCUUUAUGAAAUUAAAAACAUGACAUUAUUUCUAUUGUUUUUAUUCAUGUUUCUUCUCCAUCUUCUUCUC